AUGGCUGCGGCCGUCGCGAACCUGCCCGAGGGCAUCAUGUCCCUCUUGGACACCGAUUUGUACAAAUUGACUAUGCAGUGUUGUGUACUCAAGUUCUUCCCCGAUGUAUCAGUCACAUACAGCUUCACCAACCGAACACCGAACAAGAAGCUCAGCCGCGCAGCCUUCAAGUGGCUGCAGGUGCAGGUAGACAAGCUCGAGAACAUUGAGGUUUCACCAGACGAACUCGAUUUUCUCAAGAAGAACUGCCCCUACCUGAACAGCCAGUACCUGCUGUUCCUCUCCACUUUUCACCUCAAGCCCUCAAAACAGCUCCGACUCUCGUUCACCGCGAGUCAAGACACGGGCUCAGACGAAGACCUCGGCGACUUCCGCAUCGACACUGAAGGGCUAUGGCUGGAUACUAUUCUGUACGAGAUUCCGCUCCUCGCUCUCGUGAGCGAAGCAUAUUUCAAGUUUGUCGACAAGGACUGGACCUACGAGGGACAAGUCGAGAAGGCGUACCAGAAGGGCGCAAAGCUACUGGAAGAGGGCUGCAUAUUCUCCGAGUUCGGUACAAGACGGCGAAGAGACUACCACACACAAGACCUCGUCCUUCAGGGACUGCGCCGGGCUGCAGACGAGGGCAAGACCGCAGGGUGGAAGGGCAAGCUGUCUGGAUCAAGCAACGUGCACUUCGCCCACAAGCACGAAUUGUUACCAGUGGGUACAGUCGCGCACGAGUGGUUCAUGGGCGUCGCAGCCAUCACGAACGACUAUGAACACGCCAACGAGAUCGCUCUACAGUACUGGACAGCGACUUUCGGCGAGGGGGUACUGGGUGUUGCGCUGACAGAUACUUUCGGCACACCAACUUUCUUGAAAGCGUUCAAGAAGCAGAUUCCCAACAUCACAACCGCUAUCGAAGGUGGCAGUGCUACACUAGCAUCCGCAGCAAGCACAACCGAUCCAUCCGUGCAGACGCUAGCAUCGACACAACCACCAAUCCACGCAGGACCUGAGGGCGCCAACAGACCGAGGAAAACGUACGCAGAGGUAUUCACCGGUGUGCGCCAAGACUCUGGAGACCCAUUGGACUUUGUCAAGAUGAUGCGGGAGUUCUACGAUCAAGAAGGUAUCAAGGACAAGAAGACUAUCGUUUUCUCAGACUCAUUAAACCUCGAGUUGUGCUUCAAGUACAAGGCUGCGGCUGAGGCGGCAGGAUUCCAGCCCACAUUUGGUGUGGGCACGUUCUUGACCAAUGAUUUCGUCGAAAAGUCGACGGGCAACAAAUCUGUGCCACUCAACAUUGUCAUCAAGAUCGCCUCCGCAUCCGGCCGCCACGCUGUCAAGAUUAGCGACAACAUCGGCAAGAACACAGGCGACAAGGCGACGGUCGAGGAAGUUAAGCAAAGACUUGGAUACACGGAGAAAGAGUGGGCGGGUGGGGACGAGAAGACGAGAUGGGGGACUGCAAAGCAGCAAUGA